ACAGGAUUUUCGGCAUUUUUCAGUUCAGUGUGCUUCGAGUGGCGGUAGGUAACGUACGGCCGUAAAGCGCUUGGCUUGAUUGAAAACUCAUUGCGUCGUCUGCCUUGUACCGCGAACUAUUCAAAAUAGUCAUGCAUUCUCGGUGUGUUUUUUUAGUUUUUGCGUUCGUUCUCGUGUGUUUCGGUACAGUGUCAACCAGAAAUGUGGAAAAAACGCGCUCUAAACGAAAUAAUAAGGAUUUAGAUCAAAGUUGUGAGAAAGUGAAGGCAUUUUUUGAAAUGCGAAAUGUGAGUGUGCAACCCUUGGAUAAGCCACAAGGAAAUUUAUGUAAAGGACAGUGUUGCGGUGCAGAAGCUGAGACAAAAUUAAAGGCACAGGGCCAGAAGGAUUUUGCGGCCCUUCUACGACACAACUCGAGGACACUACAAGGCCUUCUUAAUUCUACCGCUACUGUUAUACAAAGUCACGUUCUGGAACUGGCCACCCAGUCGGAGAACAUCACUUUGCAGUUGUUCGCUCAAGUGUACCAACAGAUGGCGGUAUUGUCAAAAGAUCCGAUUAGCGACCUCUAUCGAGACGUCAGACGUUCUGUUCAGAUAAAUUCUUCACAAGAUGCUCUUUCGACUGCCAGUAACGUUUUGAAGGAAAGCGUUUCACGAUUCUUCGUUGACUUGUUUCCUCUCGUUUACCAUCACAUUUUGAGCACACUGGCGAGAGAUUUCUCAUACGACUAUAAAGUUUGUGUGAAGAUGACAUUCUCUGAGAUACAACCCUUCGGAGAUAUUCCACGACAGCUUGCCCAGUCGUUAUCUAAAAGUUUAGAAGCCACCAGACUUCUUUUACAAGCAUUCGACGUUGGGAUGGAAGUUCUUAAUACAACGGAUCUUCUAUUUUCGGAGGACGGCGGCAAAAGGCACGCAGAGUGUCACAAUGCCCUACUAAAGAUGACGUAUUGUCCUAAAUGUCAAGGUUUAGGGGUGAAUACGAAGCCGUGUUCGGGAUACUGUUUAAACGUGUUGCGUGGUUGUUUGACAAAGUAUGUGACGGAAUUAGACGCGCCGUGGAACUCUUACGUCGAAGCGUUAGAGAGACUAAUCAGUGCAAUAAAACAACACAACAAUGAGGCUGUUAACGCUGAUAUGGUGAUUCGCACGUUAGAUACCAAAAUAUCGGAAGCCAUUAUGCAUGCCAUGGAAAAGGGACGUGACAUCGACAUUAGGGUCAAGCGAUCCUGUGGUGUGGCCAAAUUGUCAGAACAGAAUCAUCUCCCUGUUGCCAAAUCUUUAACAACAACGCCACCAACUUCAGAUUCUUCUUCGUCAACGGUUUCGUCUUCUCCGAGUUCUACUUACGCGGGCGGUAGUAAACCUCGGAUGGCAGCCAAAGUUCGGAUAUUUUCUCAACCACCGAAUAACCAUUUGACGCAAUUCCUUGGUUCCAUUGGAAAAAGUAGAGGGUUUUAUGGAAACUUGGCGGAAAGUCUUUGUAAAGACGAUAGCUUUGCCGAACCCAAGGAUCAACACUGCUGGAAUGGAGAGCGAAUCGGAGAAUAUUCGCAAACCAUUGUAGACGUUCGUUUGGAUAUGCAAAAAUACAACCCUGAAGUUAAACCAAGCAUAGAUCUUCAAAACAUUGAUCCCCGGAUUGCAAAUUUAGCAGAUAAAUUACGUCAUGUUCAUCAGAUGGUUAAAUCUUCUUUGGGAGUAGUAGGUUUACCAGAAGCUGAUAAUUAUAUGCAAAGCGAUAGUGCAGAUGGUUCUGGUUCUGGUGAAGGACCUGACAUGGACGAUUCCGACGACGAAUAUUCUCGAACUGGUUCAGGAUCAGGAGGUGGACCCAUAAUUCAUCCUACUAAUUCAGAUACGGAUAACAGUUAUCCUCCAAGUCGAACCGAUAACGAGGACAGUUACAACAGCGGUUACCCAUCACAACCACCUAGUGCAGGAGUUGCUUCGUACUGUAAUUCACUCUACUCUGUUUUAGUGGUACCUACAGUUUUAGUGUUGACUAGGUUUUAAUGGGUCCACCCUAACUGAACUUUGAGUAAUCAAAAUACAGACUUAAAAAAUAAAAAAAAUCGUUGAAAAAAGAAAGAUGUUUAUGAUAUUUAAAUGUUAAUCGGUUGGUUAUUGCUUGAGAAAUAUUUACGACAACGCGUAUGCUCUGUUGGCACUAAACUACGAUGGAGCAGAUUUGACUACGUGAUAGAAAAUGCAGCUUUUCCUCAUCUUCUUCCAUUACAAAGCUUUUAAAAACCCUUUGUAUUCAGUGGAAUAUUUAAUUUAUGCUUUAUUUAAGAAAUGGUUUUCUUUUAGGCUUUAUUAUUUCAGUAUUAAGAAAGUCACUGGUAAGCAAAUUGGCUGUUGAUCAUUAUUUAUUUUAUGUCUGUGACAUAUCUUUUUCUCUUUUCUUUUGGAAUAUUCAUAUAAAUAUUUUUAACACACAAGUAGUGUGAGUGUGGGGCUGCGAAAGGCCGUUACAGUUAUAGCAUACAAUGAGACUGCAUGUAGUAUGAUAGAUGUUAUUUAUAAAUUUGCCAACAACAUAACGUAAUAUGUAGUUAGUAAUAUGUAUAAUAAAUAGAAAUGUCACUAACGUCGCACUUAUUUGCAGCAUUUCGUUUCAGUAGAAAAGGAAUUUUUGCUAAAAUACCUUUCCAUUACAUACACAGAACUUUUGGUUACGUUAUUUUAAACGAAGUGUUUUUGAAGUAAUUAGAAAUACAGUAUGGUAGCAUUAUAGUUUAAAAUAGUUACUUAUUUUCCCUUUUCAAAAAAGUUUUGUUACAAAGAUUGAGAUUCAAUGACAUUGUAUCGUCCAAGUAAAAUUCUUUUCAUUAAAAGAUAAUUUGUGUAUGAUAAAUUACCAUUAACAGAUUUGAUUCAAAUCUGAACAAUAUUUUCAUCUAAGAACAAGUUUUUUAAUAUUGUUUCGUUGAAAUGAUCUUUUUCAAAUUUGUUUUCAAAUAAGCUCAUUUUUUGAAAGGAAAUUGAAUUAUUUGCAAGCACUCAAGGUUAUCCCUUGCAUUGUUUCUAAACGUAAUGAUUUUGUAAAUGUUUAUAAAACUUUCAAAUUUUAAAUAAAAAAAUGAUGUACGGUAUGCUUAAUCAUUUAUUUUUAAA